AUGUACUCUAGCGAUAUAUUUUACCAACUUACUUUGUUUUCGACAGAUUUGGAUCGCUGGUCUUUCGCUUUUCACGAAGUUGUCGCUGAAAUCAAAGUGUCAAUAUUAUUAUCAUUUUUAAACUUAUCAAAACAAUUAAAAAAUAUUGUUAAUUCUGAACAUUUUGAACUCGUCUGUAUACAAAUGGUCAGUACUAUACCUCAUAUCAAUAAUAUAGAAAGAUAA